AUGGGCGUCCGUGAAGAUAAGUGGAAAUGGGUUGGGAAGGUUUUGGGACCGACAGACUGGUUCUCCCUGUUCCUCCUAUUAGGUGAUUAUAACUUACAUCACAAGGAAUGGGAGUCAAGGGCAGGUCCGAAUACGGAAGCAGAUGAAGUUGUUGAGUGGCUACAUGAAAAUGAUAUGAUGUUAAUUACUCCAAGAAAUCAAAAAACAUACAACAAUAGAACCAAUAUUGAUUUGGUUUAUGGCUCAGUUGACUUACUUCAUAGAAUUUCAUUUAGUGGAGUGAAUGAAAAUACACUAAGUGAUCACUCAAUUGUGGAGUGGGACAUCUAUAUGUCUCAGAGUAAAAACGGGGAUGAAGUUUUUACUUCGGUGAAGAGAUUGAAUAUUAAGAAUGCAGAUUGGGAAAAGUUUGACAAGGAGCUUUCUUCUGCCAUUAAAGAUUUUAAUGUGCAUAACAAAACUCUAAAAUCAACUGACCAAAUUGAUGACCAAGCUAAAGUUCUUGAGGAGGUUGUAAAAAGAGCAAUGGCAAAGUCGAUGAAGGAAGUUAAGGUGAUGAAAAAGUCCAAACGCUAUUGGAAUCAAGAAUUAAGGGAGAAGUUAGAAAAAGCGCUAGAAGCUAAAAGGGAAGCCCGUCAAAGACAACCUUCUUUGGCUUUGAAACGACAAAAAAUUGAAGAGGCGAAAAAAGCUAGAAAAAUUUUUGACCACAGUUUGCGUGAGGCAAGUACUGAGCAAUGGAAUAAAUAUUUGUCUAGUUUAGCAGGAAAUGACAUUUGGAAGAUUUUGAAGUAUAUUAAUCCAAAAAGCAAUGAUACCAUUAUACCACAAAUUAGAAAAGAAGAUGGAACUCUCACUACUACUGUUGACGAAAAAAGACAUGAAAUAUGGAAGGCACUUCUACCUGAAAUUGAUCAUGGUCUUGAUAGAGAGUUUGAAAUUGAUGACGAUUCUCGAUGGCCAAAAUUAGAGUUUGAUGAAGUUGACUCUGCAUUGGCUGAUACCCCAAAUGAUAAAGCUCCAGGAGACGAUGGAAUUACUGGCAAAGUUUUAAAGAUGGCAUGGCUAAAUAAAGACUUUAAGGAAAGGUUUUUCAAGCUUCUCCAAGCUUGUGUAAAGUUUGGAUACCACCCAAAAGUCUGGAGACAUGGCAUUAUUGUUGUUAUACCUAAACCUAAGAAACCUGACUAUUCAAAGCCAAGAGCAUACCGACCAAUUUCCUUACUUAAGAUUCCAUCUAAAAAAUAUAUUGGCACACACAAUGGAGGAUAUGAAACUACCCAAAGCACUUAUAAACUGGACGUACCAAUUUAUGAGAAAGUGCAACUUACUUUACCUAAUGGAGAACUUCGUGAACCUCAGAAGGAAGUUAAAUUGCUUGGAAUUACUUUGAACAAUCUGCUUGAUUUUAAAUCUCAUAUUUUGAAUAAAAUCAAUAAAGCAAGAAAAGCUGUUGGUGCUAUUUGGCAUCUUGGUGGCGUGCAAAAGAAUAUGGCUUUAAGAAGAAUUGUUGGUGCUUAUCGCACAACUCCUAUUGCGGUACUACAAAAGGAAGCUGGUAUUAUGCCAUAUAGUAUUAGGCUAAAAUUUAUGGUGGCACGAAAAGCUAUUCGUUUACACCUAAAUAUUAGCAAAACUAAUCCUAUUAAUGGUCAUUUGUUAACAUUGAUUGAGAAAUCUCCAAUUGCAAAGCUAACCACGCUUUACAUGUUGGCGAAAGAUGAUAGAGACUAUAUGAUUAAAAAGGAUGAAAAACGAAAAUGCAAGAGGGUUGAACCUCUUACACUGAAACAACAACAAAAUCAGACGAUUGGAAUUUUGAAGAAACAAGCAAUGGAAGAAUGGCAAGAAAUGUAUUGGAACAGCAGUAAGGAUCUGUGGUAUCAUAAUAUCACAGUGGAGUCGAAAUGUACUGAUAAUCUUUCCAAAAUGGUUACAGGGAGUGAUCAUGAAGAAAGAUAG